GCCGCGGCCCGCCUCUCCCUCUUUUGCCUCCGUUCCAGUCUGUGACCGCCAAACCGAAGAGGGGACCUGCCGACUGCGGGACGACAGUAGCCGCGGCGGGCUGCUGCUCUGCUGGUGUCAGCCCAGGAGUGCUCGUGAAUGGGAGGCCCCCGCUGUUCGGUGAGGCAAUCGAGCGCCGCACUGCAGCUAUGGACUAGUAGUGACAGCCCGAGCUACCUGGACCUUGACCACUUGUCAACCACCACUGGUGGCAUCCCAUCUCAGCCUUAUUCCUGCCUUGUCCAGACCCUUAUCGACCCGGAGUCGACCCCUAAUUCCUCCAACCUGUGAAUACCUCCUGCCUCGCACUUUUUUCUUUGCUGCUCAAGUGUUAACCCACCACCCAGCGCCCGAACUUCUUGCCAAAGUGACGACGACUACCGACACGACCCAUUCGUAUCCGAUCGCUUCAGCGUCGCAUCACGUCGCAUCUUUCGGCACAGGCACAUUGCUAUCAUCACGAGCACGACAACCAGCGGUGGAAAGGAAACAGAACAAACCGAGAACUUGUCGACGAUUCAGCACGGCGAUUUGUACACCACCGUGCACUUUGAUACCCAGUAAUACAGAUAUCCAUCGGUCGAAAGAGUCCAGCAAUACACAACACGAGCAGCAACCAUGGGCAACACCACCAGCUCCGUCCUGGACAACAUUGUCCAGGGAUCCAACUUCGACAGGGAAGAGGUUGACCGCUUGCGUAAGAGGUUUAUGAAGUUGGACAAGGAUAAUUCCGGUACCAUCGAGCGCGAAGAGUUCUUGAGCCUACCGCAAAUAUCGACAAAUCCUCUGGCUACAAGAAUGAUUGCCAUCUUCGACGAAGACGGUGGUGGCGACGUCGACUUUCAAGAGUUCGUAUCCGGCUUAAGCGCCUUCUCGAGCAAAGGCAACAAGGAGCAGAAGCUGCGGUUCGCUUUCAAGGUGUACGACAUUGACCGUGACGGGUACAUCAGCAACGGCGAGUUGUUUAUCGUACUGAAGAUGAUGGUAGGCAGCAACCUUAAGGACCAACAGCUGCAACAGAUUGUCGACAAGACGAUCAUGGAGGCGGAUUUGGACAAGGACGGCAAGAUCAGCUUUGAGGAGUUCACCAAGAUGGUGGAGAACACGGAUGUCAGCAUGAGCAUGACUUUGGAUCAAUUCUAGUGUACUUCUCACACCACGUUUGGCUUCUGAUACCCUUGAAAGCGGGAAGCUGCUUUGUCACCUUCAGCAGACCGUUGAGGCUUUCUGUGCUCGGUUCCUUUUGCAACUGGCAGGUGUAUAGCCCACCUUCUUCCGGGUGGGAUGAGUUGGGACAAGGAACGAUGUGAAGGAAAAGGAGAUAUACAAGCCUCGGCGCCCUUUUAUCUCAAUUGAGGCGCUGGGUGCUUGACGAAGACAUGAAGAAAACGGACAUAACACAGGAAGAUCUAAUAAAAGGCGCAACUUGACCCAAGCGAGUAUUAUAUCUCCCAUCCGAACUUUUCGGUCGUGUCUGUAAGUGUGAACAAUAUAUCAGUGAACUAUGCUUACGUGCGGAGAAACAGUGCGAUCAAAAUCGUUCCUGGCGGUCACCACAUUUAACGAUCAUGCGAAUCAGAAUCUCAAAUCCUACUUUUCUCUGCUACCAUUACCAAAGCCUUGGUACG